ACAAAUCUUAACAAGCAACCAGCCAAAUUGGAGUCACAAGUAUGCACAGUCUCUGGAGAAUUUCAGGCUGCAGGCUUGUGGGGGCUGAAACUUUUCUACCUCUGCUGAGCCAUAAUUGAAGUCAAAUCCAGAUCUGAGCAGCAGGGUCUGGGGAAGUAGAAGAGUAUUGUAACGCAAUAUGGAGAGCUGGCACUGUUUGCUGCUGCUGUGCACACUAAGUUUAGUGCUGGCCUCUGGAGAGGCUACGAAAAAUGAUGAUGACAUCGACCUUGUCAGCUUUCUGAGAAGUAACUACCCCCGGCUGCUGGUGAGAGACAAGCCACUCAUCAUCAACAGAGACUUUGAGUUAAACUCCCUGAAGGACCUGGGCCGCCCGGAGGUCCUCUCAAUCACAGAGCAAACCAAGGACAAGCCAGUCAAUCAGGAUACAUAUGGGGCUCCUGGACCUGUGGUGUUAACCAAAGAUGGCCAGAUCAAGGGGAUUACGGUGGAUAAGGCCCAUAUAUUCUAUGGGAUACCAUAUGCAGACCCCCCUGUUGGGGCUUACCGCUGGAAGCCCCCCAGACCUGUGAGUCCUUGGCCAGGGGUUUAUGAUGCCUCCUUCCCCAGGGCGGCAUGCAUGCAGGUCUGCAGCGGACCCAUCACUGAGGAGUGUCCUCGGAUAGUCAGUGAGGACUGUCUCUACCUCAACAUCUUUGUCCCGGUGGAUGUGAACUUCAGCUCCCCUCUGAGGAGCACGCUGCCUGUCAUGGUGUGGAUCCAUGGUGGGGAUUUCAUCGCUGGCUCUGCCUCCAAGCCGCUGUACGAUGGACGCUUCAUCAGUAACUUCACCCACACUGUUGUUGUAAGUGUGGAGUACCGACUAGGUGCCUUUGGGUUCCUUGUGUCGGGCAAAGACCCUCACACCUCAGCUGCAGGGAAUUAUGGGAUAUUGGACCAGCAGGCGGCUCUUCUUUGGGUCCAGCGGAACAUUGCAGUGUUCGGAGGUGAUCCCAGCAAGGUGACAAUAUUUGGGGAGAGUGCCGGUGCUCAGUCAGUGAGUCUUCACCUGAUGACCCAGAGCAGCAAGCCUCUGUUUAAACAGGCGGUCCUGCAGAGUCUGCCUUUCUCCAUCCCUCUGAAGACCAGACACGACGCCCUGAGGCUGGGAAAAGACUUUGCUAAACAGACCAACUGCUCUGUGAGCGACAUCGUCUGCCUGCUGUCUCUCACUCCACAGGCCGUCCUGGCCGCCCAGAUGAAAACAAGUUCCAAGAUUGUGAACCCGUUCAGGUUCCUGGAGGUUUUUGAGACUUGGGGUCCUUAUAUCGACGGGGAGUUAAUCGAAGAGCAAGCUGUCACUGCCUUCCAGAAGGGUCACUGGCAGAAAGAGAAGCCAGUGCUGCUGGGUACGACCUCAGAAGAGGGGGUGAUCUUUGUGUAUGGUGUCUUCAACAAGCCGGUCUCUGCAGUGGAGAGCACUGUGUACAUCACAGCCAUCUUUAAACAACACACUCUGCGGAUCCUGCACAAGUACCUGCCCCUGUACAGGGACGCUGACCGCAGGGAUAUGCUAGCUCAGAUCGUCACCGACUUUGUCUUCCUGUGUCCAUCCAGGAGGUCGGCACGUGCCGGCACAGCAGCCGGCAGCAACGUGUGGAUGUACGUGUUCGACCACGUGGCAUCGGACCAUCGUGUGUGGUCAGGUCUGACUUUCUGCUACCAGCACGCUUGCCACGGCGCAGAGCUACCCUUUCUCUUUGAUUCUGCCUCGGUGGCCAACUUCACCCUGUCGGCGCCAGAGAAGCUGCUGUCCAAUCGGAUGCUGUGCUACUGGGGCGCCUUCGCCCACACUGGUGACCCUUCCUCGCGGGCCCAACAGACGACUUUCUGCCGGGAGCAGCGUCUGCCCGUUUGGCCGCGCUAUUCCGACACCAGCAACUGGUUGGUCAUGAACCUGACAGCACGUUCACAUGCACAAGUGGGAACCAGGAACCAUGUAUGUGACUUCUGGGACCAACUGGGCAUUUACUAGUGAGGGGACAGGCUAGGCAGGGAGAUGUUGGGUUACUUUGCAUUGAAGUAGCAUCAAUACGUGCUGUUUUCUUUGGUCCUGACCAUGUAAAUUCAGUCACAAAAUCUUGCAGCAUAAAGUCGAGGUGUUUAUUACAAAAAUAUGUACUCAUCAGUAUUAAAUAUGACCUUUAAGGAAUUGCUACCAAGCAACAAUUAUUUCAAUAAAUAGUCAGCUUUUAGAAUUUUUUUCAUUCCUUCAUUAGCUUUCUCCAGCAACAUAUACUUAGGGAAGUCAAAAGCUAACAAUGGACGUGAGUUUUUCAAAACUUCUUGAAUUGUCAGCAUUCUGUCAUCAUCUAUUGGUCACAGUAGGAAUUGCAUUUCUCACCAAAUCCGCACCAUUUUCUCUUUAACAUGAGUAACUUUUAAAAUUUGCACAACUGCAUAUACUGUCAUAGUCAAUGGAAAUAUGCAAGUGGACACAGAAACAAACAAGUUUGCUCUAUCUGUGGUAAAAAGUACUUUCAACAAGUUUCAACGUGAGCAGAAAAUGUACUCUUAUCCUGAAGCUAUGUGACACUACAUCAUGAAGUACAGAGACAAGGAAGACUUCAUUUAUCAGCUGUACAUUAUAAUAAAAUUAAAUUUGUAAAAUUGUCUGUAUAAUGAAAUAAAGGCUUCAAUUGAUAUAAAAA